AUGAGGCGCCGUCUCCAAGCAACCGCUGCGCGGCUCUCGAAAGCGAGCCGCUCGAAAAACUUCGGACCCGGGCGCGAGCUCUCGCGGGCGGGCGGGGGUUUCCCUUUUCGGCCUCGGGGUCUCCGCUCGCGCGGUCCUCCCCGGCCCUCGCGGGACGACGACGCGCUCCGAGACGUCGUCCGUCGCUCUGUUCCGCGCCUGAAGGCGGUGGUUUCCAGAAAGCUGCGGAUAACCGUGCGCGUGCCGUACGUGAACGCGUGCGCACGGAUGUCUGGCUGGUUGCAUCCAGGGGAGGUGUUUGUGGGGGAAGCCAGGGGGGAGGCAGCCCUCUCCAGCCCCAGGUUAAGGGGUGGAGUGAGCCCCAGGCCCAGGCGAAACAGGGGGCCGGCGGGGUCCCCCGAUCCCGGGGAGAGGAUGUCGGAGCUGGGCUCGGCGCAGCAGGACCGGCUGGGGAAGGCCAGGGAGCUCUUUCUGCUCUGCGAUAAAGAAGAGAAGGGGUUUAUCACCAAGAGGGACAUGCAGGACCGUCAGCCAGAGUUAGCCCUGGAGCAGUCUGGGUUCAGGGAGAUUGUAGGGGUAGAAGAGACUGAGUGUGAGAGAGGACAGGUGAGGACGGAGAAUCCUGACCCAGAUGAGGAGAAGUUCACACAGAUCUUGGCAGAACUGGGAGCUGAAAAAUUCUUCAAAGAUCAGUGGGAGUUGCGCGCUCUGUGGUGUGGCCUGAGGAGAGAGCGGCCUGAGCUGCUGUGUGUGCUGGAGGAGCUGCUGUCUCACACCGUGGCACACCUACAGGAUGCACUGAAGGAGAGAGACAGCCUGGAGCAGGCACUGCGCAGACGCGAGUGCGAUCAUGACCAGGUGGUGCGCUCCAUAUACGAGGAGAUGGAGAGUCAGAUCAGGGAGGAGAGGGCCAAACGUCAGGCUCAGGACAGCUUGCGACAAAAUGACAGAAGCCAUGAGUUGCAGGAGAAGCUGAAGAUCAAAGAGCAGGAACUGGAAAGCAUCACGACCCAACAGAGAGAGCUGGAGAGCAGGAUACGAGCGCUGAACUCUGAGCACUGCUACACGCGGGGCCAGAACGAGCGUCUGCAGCGGCACAACUCAGACCUGCAGGAGCAGCUGGACACCAGCAGGGCGGAGCUAGAGGGCACAUUGCAGCAGCUGGAGCAAAUCCAGGCCAGCACCGCCUGCGAGCACAGGGGGCGAGAGAGGGAUGUGCUCAAGGUGUCCAAGAACAUGCAGAAAGAAAAGGAGAGCCUGCUAAGACAAUUGGAGCUUCUCAGGGAGAUGAACAAGAGGCUACGCGAUGAGAAGGACUCCCAGCAGCCGCAGAGGAGGACUUCUAUUAGUAGGAGGCCUUUGCAGAAGCAAGGGUCAAUAAUAGGAAACUACUUAACGGAAGACAAGCCAAUGAAAAGACAGCUCAGUGUCCCUGGGCAAGGCGAUCAUGCCUUUGAGGAAGUGAUGUCGGAGCCUGACAGGAAGAAGCAUGCGGCCAAUGAGGGUGGGGAUGAGGCUGAUGGACAGCAGGAAGAGGCGAGGCACAGACAGGGAGAGUCGGUGCAAAGGUCAUCUGUGGGCCAGCUUGCGGGCACGUCUCUCCCGCAGUCUUUGGGCAGUCCACAGCGGGUCUUCAAGGUCGUGUUCCUGGGAAACUCUGGUGUGGGCAAGACCGCCUUCAUCCAUCGGUACUGCAGCGGGCACUUCCCCAAUCACCUGAACGCAACUGUGGGUAUAGAUUUCCAGGUGCGCAGUGUGAUGCUGGACUCCACCCCUAUUGCCUUGCAGCUCUGGGACACUGCAGGGCAGGAGAGGUUCCGCAGCAUCACCCAGCAGUACUUCCGCAAGGCGGACGGAAUCCUGGCCAUGUACGACAUCACAAGGUACUUCUCCUUCACCGCAGUGCGGGAGUGGCUGGAUUCCCUAACGGGCCGGGUGUCUGAGGGCACGGUGCUGCUGCUGAUUGGUAACAAGGCUGACAUCGCGGAGGGGAGCGAGAGGGAGGUCACCGCCAGAGAGGGACGACGCCUGGCAGAGGAGUACCAGGCCGUGUUCUACGAGUGCAGUGCCAAGACUGGGCAUAACGUCGAGGAGCCGAUGACGCACCUGGCCAGGUUGCUGGCAGCCCUGCAGGAUCGGCAGUGCGAGAGCGCCCUCUGCCUGGCCGACAGCUCCAACAGCAGCAGGACCUGCUGCAAGUAGAGGCGGAGAGUGCCGUGCUGCAGCACCAAAACGCGCAGCACUGCGUCAGUUAACACUGAGGACCACACGGGAUAGAGAGAAUAAAGAGGCUUUAUUAAGUCCGCUGAUCUGUAAAUAUCAAAUUGUCAAAAACAAAAUGGUGUACCUUUAAAAUGCACAGAUUUCCUCAGUACAUGCAGACACGUGGCUAUCAGCCUCCAAGCACACAGCUGCUGUCCUGAAUGCGAGCUUCGUACCUCUUUGAUAGCGGUAUGAAGCCCUGCCUCUCCUUAGAAUUAUGUAAGAAACAAUGGAAAAAGAGUAGAAUUUCAUUCUAAAGUGACAUUCGUUCAUUUUUUCUGAACACUCCCCAUAAAUUGCAUUACCCUAUUUAGCCUCAUUGCCCAUUCACUUAAUAUUUCCUGAGAUUUACAACCCUCCCUUCCUCGACAAUGAUUUACCCGCUCGCCGUGAGUAAACGUCUAAUAACGUCCUCACUCUCACUUCCUUUGCUGGUUUACAUGCGAGAAGUUCCACACAGCUCACCAGUUCUGUGCAGUGCGCGCGCGCGUAGAACAGACGAAAACUUUCGUUAUUAACAGAUCUGAACACGAAAAUGCCGCGUUAGUUUAACUCACAAAUGGAGCCCCGCCUUUUGUCUCCAAGCAGGCAAGAACACGCGCUUUUCCACAAGUAACCCGCAUUCUUUUAGGAAAGCAUCGCCCACGUGAACAUGCAUGGAAAAAUAAACCCACAAACUGACCAAUAAGUUUGAUCAUUUUUCUUGUUCCUGCGACUAAAUAUAAAUCACUCCGUUACAAGCACAGAAUUUUUAACUUUCUACCAGCCACAUACGUAAUAACACACUUUUAUAGUAAUAUUCGGUGUGAGAAAAGUGAAAUCGUCAUGUCGACCAUCGUUUGCACAUGAACAGAAUAUAAUUUUUUUUUUGGUAAAUUUUUUAAAACAUGUUUUACAAGACUUCUGACGAGUAUUCUGGAGAGCUAUCAUGGUUGCCUUCUCUUGUUAUUGCGCGUUGUUAUAUAGUAGCCUAUAUUUUUCGUUAUAUCCUGACAGAAUGGCCUUUAAGUUUUAAAAUACUUCAACAUAUGGAGAACAAGGGGCGAAUGGGCAAUGAAAAGAUCAAAAGAAUCGGAACCUGCAUUAGUAUUCAAACUUUAAUUUAAUCUACAAUUUUUUAUUCACAUUUCAGCUUGCAAUUUUUUAUAUUAAUGAUGCCUAUUGUCACUAAAGCUUUCUCAGAUUCUUGUCUUAUUGUUAAGAAAAUUGUUCUUUACUAUUUAAAAAUCACAAAUUAGGCAUGCAUACAGAAAUAACAUUAAAUGUAUUUUUUAAUAUAUAUAUAUAAGGAAGUUUCUGUGUAUUUAGGAGAUGAAUGGAUGAGAUGUUGAUGCGUGGUAUUCAAGGCCGCAGCCAAUAAAUGAGGUAUUACCAAA